CUCCUGAUGAAGACAAAGUCAACUCUCAACUCUCACUUAUCGUCGUUUGUCGUCUUAGUGGAUUGCUGAUUCUCCUCAUCAAAAUUUGAAAAUGUCUAGGCUUGUAUCUUGGUUUUCAACACCUAAAGGAAGAAUAUUCACUCGAACUUGCAUUGGUAUCACAGGACUUUCUAUCUUUGGUAUUCAAGUGGCUGUUAAUGGACCAUUGCAGGAGAAUUUCAAAGAAAUGAUCCAAAUUUAUGAAAAUGGUAAACCAAAACCUCUUUCCAAGAAAGUAAAGUCACUGGUUCAUGAUGUGCUAGAAGAUUGUAAGUUAGAAAAACAGGAAAAGAAAAAAAUGAAGUUUUUUAAUGUCAUUGGUCAAGAUUUAUACCAUACUGGUGGUACAAAUUCACCUUGGGGUGCAAUGAUUGGUAUUCCUUUCUUUUUUGAAGACCCUAAAGAUAUCAGUUUUGCAAAGUUAAGAAUAGAAGGACAUGAAAGUAUUGACUGGAUCGUAGAUGGCCAAGACCUUUUAGAUGCUUUGACAUUAUCUGAUAAUGCAAAAAAAUUUGGUUUGAUGAGAGAAAUUUACUCUUGUAACAUUUGGGAUGUAAUGGAUAAUGUGUCUGUUAGCACAGGUUGUUUCUUUUUUCCUGCAUUAUUCAUUAGAAGAAUGAAUGCAAAACGUGAUUAUCUUGGAAAAGUCCCUUUCAGAAUACGUGUUUGUUUUUACAUUGCAUGUUAUGCCUUUGGUUAUGCACUUUAUCGAUGUUUGAAAGAUCCUUUGAAGCACAUAACUGCUAAAAAAUAUGACAGGAUGGCAGCAGCUGUUGGACCUGAGUAUCUUGAUGGUGGUAUUGAAUUUUAUAAAAAAGCUCUUUUGCAAAACAAAGCACUUCGAGAACUUUUAGGCCCUAGAGGUGAAAAAUUAUAUGAUAAAGAUGGAAAUGAGAACUAUGUACUGCUAGCUCCAAAAUUGCCUCUGCGAAAGAGAUUAGAAUUAUUACAGGAAAUGAAGGCAACUGAAAUGAAAACAGUUCCAGCUUGAGUAAUUUAAACCAAAUUAAUAGUAUGAAAUUUUAAAUAUUUAUUGUAUUACAUUCUUUUCUAGAAAUACUUAAGCAUUGUAUUCAUUAAAAAUUAGUGCUUGUUCUCAUAGAAAAGAGUUAUGAAUUUAAUGAUAAUAUGAAUAACAUUUGCUUUGAAAACUUUUAUGUUCUUUCAAAAUAUAGAGCAUGCAUUAUGAUGUUAGUUAUGAGAAAAUUAGGUACCAUUUAGUCAAUUCAAAAUGAUUUAUUUAUUAUUUUUUUUCCUUCUAUCUAACACAAUAUACAAUUACAUGUAAAAAGUUUAUACAUCCAGAAAAACCUCUCUAAAAAGAUAGAAAAGCAAGAUUUCAAAUAGAAAAUUAUUGUAUCUGCUGAACACUUAAGACUUCUAUAUGGCACUUAUGAAAGAAAAUUUUGGA